UCCCCACAUUUUCAAACCCAAUUUCUGGCUGUCUUCCAUUUUUCCAACUACUUCUGAAUGCAGAGCAAUCCAGUGAUUUGCUGAGACACUGAAAAUCAACACAAGGGUUCUAAAAAUGUGAAGGAAUUAAGGCACCAAAAGCAGAAGGCCAGUUUGGAGACGACUCCGGUUCUUCAACCAUGCCUGGAUCUAACUACUCUAUGGCCUCUGAUGCAGACAUGCCAACUGCAAGAUUUGUCCACACAAUCAGCGAGGCAGGCCGGCUUCUGCCCUCGUCAAGUCGGUGGAACUCCAUCGAGGUCGACUUCAAUCUCCUCCCUCAGUCCUCAACCGGCCUUGAUUCGCUCCCUCCGCGAUUCUCUAAAUCCAUCAGUUUCAAUCUUGUGAUCACAGACAAGAAGUACUUCAAACGCUGUGUCUGUAUCUUGGCCUCCCUAGUUUUUGCUGUCAUCUUGCUUGUUCUACUCUUGCAUUUCUUGCCAAACAAACAUAAGCACCGCGGCCCUUCAAAUGAUCUAAGACUGGCAUUAAUCCAAGCACUCGUGUUCUUUGAUGCACAGAAGUCUGGGAUUCUCCCGAAGAACAGUUCAGUGAAGUUUCGAGGAGAUUCAGGUUUACACGAUGGGAGUACGAGCAGUGUACAGACUGAUCUCAUCGGUGGUUUUUAUGAUUCAGGCAACAACAUAAAAUUUAGCUUCCCUACAGCCUAUACUGUCACCCUCUUGAGUUGGACAGUGAUAGAGUAUCAUCAGAAAUAUGCUGACAUAGGUGAGCUUGACCAUGUCAAGAACAUUAUCAAAUGGGGCAGUGACUACUUGCUAAAGCUCUUUGUUCCUGCAAAUUCAACUUCCAAUCAAGCCACCACUCUUUAUUCACAGGUUGGAAGUACCAAUACAGGGCCUACAAUCAACACCGACAUAAACUGCUGGCAAAGACCUGAGGAUAUGAACUAUAAAAGGCCUGUUUUGGUUUGUGGUGGGGCAGCUUCAGACCUAGCAGGGGAAAUUGUUGCAGCAUUAUCAGCUGCAUCCCUAGUAUUUAGAGAUGACAAAGAUUAUUCUAGAAAAUUGAUCGAUGCAGCAGAGGAAUUGUUUGAGACUGCAAGAAGUGUAGAUAAAAAACAGCAAGGAACGUACACUUCAAUUGACGAUUGUGGAGGACAAGCCAGGCAGUUUUACAACUCAUCUGGCUAUAAAGAUGAAUUGGUUUGGGGAGGCACUUGGUUGUUCUUUGCUACUGGAAACAACAGUUAUCUUCAAUAUGCAACCGACAACUUUCAUGCAGCAGAGGAAGAGGAAAUGCCUUCUGAGAAAGGCAUUCUCUAUUGGAACAACAAGCUCACUGCUAUUGCUGUUUUGCUAAUGAGACUCAGAUUUUUCCGCGAUCUUGGGUACCCAUAUGAGGCUGCUUUUGUAUCAUCAUCAAACAGAACUGACUUGCUAAUGUGUUCAUAUCUUUCUGGCCAAAACUUCAAAACAACAGAAGGUGGGUUGAUUCUCUUGAAGCCCGCCAGUGGUGCGCCACUUCAGUAUGCCAUGACAGCAUCUUUUCUAAGUAAACUCUACAGCGACUACCUCGAUCUUCUCCGAAGAUCAGGCAGCAAUUGCGGCACCUCUGGUUUCUCCCUGGCCAUGCUAAGGAGCUUUUCCAUGUCACAGGUGAACUACGUACUGGGGGGCAAUCCAAUGAAAAUAAGCUAUGUGGUGGGAUAUGGAGACAAGUAUCCAAAGCAAGUUCAUCACAGGGCUGCAUCCAUACCUUGGGAUGGCCAAUGGCAUUCCUGCGAGGAAGGAGAAAAAUGGAGACUAUCAGAAGAAGCAAAUCCAAAUGAUCUUCUGGGAGCCAUGGUUGCAGGGCCAGAUCAGCGCGACAUCUUCUCAGAUGAAAGAGAAAAGCCGUGGUUCACUGAACCAAGCAUAUCGAGCAACGCCGGCCUAGUGGCAGCACUAAUCGCGCUCCAUGAUCCUCCUCGCCAAUCUUCUGAUACUAGCGGCAAUAAUUUAGGCAUAGACAAGAUGGGUAUGUUUCAAAAUAUCCAUCUUAUUCCUUAAACAGCUCCAUAACUCCAUGGACUAGGAUAAAGAUGUGUAUAUUUUCCUAAAAAGCUGUAAAAGUCCAGAGAAUAGCUAUGAACAAAGUCAAGAUUGUUAUGUUUUCCUAAUUAGGUCAGUGACAAGAAAUUGAUUCCAACAUAAAUCAGUAUCCGAGGUUAGCCGUCACAAUUACAGUAGAGCAUAAUAAUGUGAAAGUUCCUGUGAAAAUCUCCUAUUUUUUUCUACUUCUAUUUGAUUUUUUUUUGUUGUUGUAAU